AUGAGCUUAAAGGAAGAAAACGACUCAAAGAAGGAAAAGGAGCCCAAGAAGACUGCCAAGGAGUCCAAGAAAGAAACCCCCAAAGCCGCAGAGCAAAACAAAAACAAUGAUCAGUCCACGAUUGAUCUCUUUACAGCCAAGAAAGCGGACACCAGCAAGAAAGAGAAGCCAGAAGUUAAGACUGCGGAGAAAGGCAAGAAGAAAGAUCAAAACACCAACGAUUCCAAGCCAAAAGAAGCUCCCAAAAAGGAUACACCAAAAACCUUAGGGAAGCCAAAGAAGGAGGAAUCAGUAGAAAAGAGCAACAAAGAAGAAAAGUCGCAGAAAGAAAAAGAAGAAGACUCACCUGCCGCCAGUAAUCAAAAAGAAACAAGCAGGAAGAGUAAAGGCAAAAAACAGAAGGAGGAGGUCAACCAGAAGGAAGAAAACGACUCAAGGAAGGAAAAGGACCCCAAGAAGACUACCAAGAAGUUCAACAUUCGACGCAAGCGUUACAUAGGAAUUGGCAAUAACACAACAGACAUACGGAUACAUAAUGUUGUCUAUAACAGAGGCUCUUUCCAGUAUACGGCCCUUUGUAGAGAAACUGACUCACAUUAUUGGCGUUGUUUAACAGAUAACAUGAAGAAGAGGACACUAACGGAUCGCUAACCAACACAUCAUAUGCUCCUAUAUAUUGGACUCCUUCAAGCGGACGACGAUUGAUGGUAUCAAUGUUGUUUGAUAGACGGCGCUGUAAAACUAAAGGCGCAUUACACGUCCGUCUCUAGGUUACAUACAUGAACAAAUAAGACAUACCAAAGACAAUUUGGAUUAUAUUAAGGAUAACGCAAAUGUUAUACCACACUAGUGAUGGUAGAACAAUAAUAAGAAAUGUUAAUACUUAAGAAUGUUAACCUAAGCAAAAAUUGUAAACAAAGCAAAGAUUGCACUAUAUAGAUACUGCACUCAGAGCUGUAAGAAUAUGUUAAAAGUAUCUUAAGUAGUCGUAAACAAUGUAUACACAAUGUUCCGAACGAUGUUAUUAGUUUAAGCAACUGUUAAGCCGUAUAUAAUGUAACACAAUGAGCUUGUACACAUAGUUAAGCUAGACAUAAGUAACGUUCAGCCAAUUGCCAGACAAUGUUAAGAUAAUCAAUGAGGUAGAAAGGAAGAAAACGACUCAAAGAAGGAAAAGGAGCCCAAGAAGACUGCCAAGGAGUCCAAGAAAGAAACCCCCAAAGCCGCAGAGCAAAACAAAAACAAUGAUCAGUCCACGAUUGAUCUCUUUACAGCCAAGAAAGCGGACACCAGCAAGAAAGAGAAGCCAGAAGUUAAGACUGCGGAGAAAGGCAAGAAGAAAGAUCAAACCACAGACGAUUCCAAGCCAAAAGAAGCUCCCAAAAAGGAUACACCAAAAACCUUAGGGAAGCCAAAGAAGGAGGAAUCAGUAGAAAAGAGCAACAAAGAAGAAAAGUCCCAGAAAGAAAAAGAAGAAGACUCACCUGCCGCCAGUAAUCAAAAAUAAACAAGCAGGAAGAGUAAAGGCAAAAAACAGAAGGAGGAGGUCAACCAGAAGGAAGAAAACGACUCAAGGAAGGAAAAGGACCCCAAGAAGACUACCAAGAAGUUCAACAUUCGACGCAAGCGUUACAUAGGAAUUGGCGAUAACACAACAGACAUACGGAUACAUAAUGUUGUCUAUAACAGAGGCUCUUUCCAGUAUACGGCCCUUUGUAGAGAAACUGACUCACAUUAUUGGCGUUGUUUAACAGAUAACAUGAAGAAGAGGACACUAACGGAUCGCUAACCAACACAUCAUAUGCUCCUAUAUAUUGGACUCCUUCAAGCGGACGACGAUUGAUGGUAUCAAUGUUGUUUGAUAGACGGCGCUGUAAAACUAAAGGCGCAUUACACGUCCGUCUCUAGGUUACAUACAUGAACAAAUAAGACAUACCAAAGACAAUUUGGAUUAUAUUAAGGAUAACGCAAAUGUUAUACCACACUAGUGAUGGUAGAACAAUAAUAAGAAAUGUUAAUACUUAAGAAUGUUAACCUAAGCAAAAAUUGUAAACAAAGCAAAGAUUGCACUAUAUAGAUACUGCACUCAGAGCUGUAAGAAUAUGUUAAAAGUAUCUUAAGUAGUCGUAAACAAUGUAUACACAAUGUUCCGAACGAUGUUAUUAGUUUAAGCAACUGUUAAGCCGUAUAUAAUGUAACACAAUGAGCUUGUACACAUAGUUAAGCUAGACAUAAGUAACGUUCAGCCAAUUGCCAGACAAUGUUAAGAUAAUCAAUGAGGUAGAAAGGAAGAAAACGACUCAAAGAAGGAAAAGGAGCCCAAGAAGACUGCCAAGGAGUCCAAGAAAGAAACCCCCAAAGCCGCAGAGCAAAACAAAAACAAUGAUCAGUCCACGAUUGAUCUCUUUACAGCCAAGAAAGCGGACACCAGCAAGAAAGAGAAGCCAGAAGUUAAGACUGCGGAGAAAGGCAAGAAGAAAGAUCAAACCACAGACGAUUCCAAGCCAAAAGAAGCUCCCAAAAAGGAUAC